AUGACGAAUGCUCACUACGCGUCGACUGAGACUACCUUACAGAUACCCUGGGACGGCGCCAAAAUGCGGCUUGGUCGCGGCUACGCUGCAGAUGAAUGUCAGGCAGUCCAAUCUCCAUUCGAGAACUACACCGCGGUCGGCCAGGACGCUGAUCCAGACGUUAAAUAUGAGUAUCUUAUGAUUAGCAACGAGGAGGAAUUGCAAAGAGAGAUCAGCUCCUUCCUCAGCGCUAGUGCGUCCGUGCUCGAUAUAGGUAUCAAGACAGCCUUCGAACAACUGCAGCGCCUUAAAUGUAAUUCGAGGGCGAUGACAGCUGUUCUUCGUUGCACCAUCACCCACGACCCGACCAAUUAUGGCGCACCUCCUCUGUUCAGCCAGUCUGCUGAAGCGCUCUUGGAUUCGGACCCGGGUUAUGAGUUCAAGGGCCAUUUGAGUGUAGGGAAGGGCAUUGCAAGCGUUAAAGGAGCAGCCCGGCAUCAAGAGUUGGCCAAGAAGCACAAUAUACAACGUAGCGUAAGCCGGCAGACCACUGGAAUCGCGCCAUCGAGCCUCAAAAUAGGCCCAGAAACGGAGGAUAUCGAGACCAUCUUCAAGCAGUAUGCUGCGUUCAAGCCAAAGCCCCAGAUCGCGCUAUUGGAAGCAUUAUUCUCUCAUCGAUCGCCGGUUUUCGCGCACGUCUGUGGAUCUCCUCGAAUCGGCGGAGACCAAGGAGGGAGUCCUGGAGGCUUUGCGCAUCCAGAAUAA